GCUGGAUGCUUUGUAAUGACAAAGAACACAGAGAUAGUUGGAGAGCAGAGCCUGACUCCAGAGGUCAAACUGAGACUGUUCACCCCAAACUGCAGAUUUUGGCGAGAAAAGCCAGAGCUCUGGCCUUUUGGUGACCCAUACUGGGCCAUAUACUGGCCAGGAGGACAGGCAGUCUCAAGAUAUAUCUUGGAUAACCCUGGAGUGUGUCGGGGUAAGUCAGUUCUGGAUCUGGGGAGCGGCUGUGGAGCCUCAGCCAUCGCUGCAAAACUGUGUGGAGCUGCUCAUGUAGUUGCUAAUGACAUUGACACAGUUGCAGCCGUUGCGACCCACAUGAACUGUGAGCUGAACGGCCUGGAGGCACCUGUUUGUCUGACUGACAACAUGAUUGGUUCACAAGCCAAGGGCUUUGACCUGAUCCUCCUGGGUGACAUGUUCUAUGAUGAGGCCCUCGCCACCAGCCUUCACAGCUGGUUGGACCGCUGCAUCAAAACCCAUGGCACCAAAGUCCUGAUCGGAGAUCCUGGAAGACCCCAGUUUGAGGAACAUGGCAUCCGACAACUCCUGCGUCAGCUGGCUCAGUUUGAACUUCCUGAGUCUGUCAGGGAGGAGAACUAUGGUCUGACCUGCACCAGUGUUUGGUGCUACCGUCCUGAACUCUGAGGUCUGGAGAGUCAAGUCUAUUUUAUUUAUAUAGCUCAAUAUCACAAAUCACGAAUUUGCCUCAAGGGGCUUUACAAUCUGUACAGCAUAGGACACACUCUUUACUUAUACCCUUGAUUCAGAAAUGGUAAAACUCCCCAAAAAAAAAACUUAAAAAAACAAGGAAAUGGGAUCCCUCUUGCAGGACAAACAGACAUGUAAUAGAUUUUGUGCAUACAGAAUAUACCAACACAGUAAAAUUAUAGUAUGGACAAUCAGGAUGACAAAAUUAUAGAUUGAAAACAUAUUCUGUGCUUUUUUGUUUGAAUGUGAUUAAUAUGUCACAUGUACUCACCUGCAAAUAACUGUGAGGUGUUAUGUGAUUACGUUGUAGUCAUUUCCUAUACUCAGGGUCACUCAGUUUUCACUUGUUGCCUUACCUAUAGUGAAAAUGCCACCGUCUUUAUAUAUAGAUGUUUAAUUUCCUGUACUGUUGCAUUGUACAUAGUAAUAUAAUUUACAUACUGUGGGGAAUAAAUUGUGACUUCACAGCUGAAAGGUUUAAUAUUGUAAAGAAUGUGUGAGUGCUUUAAUGUGGGAGAAUGGGAAACAGAUACUGGUAUCAAUUUUCACCUUGAGCUGUCUAGAUAGCAAAGUCUGUAUGUAGUGCCAAUCAGAACUAGUCAUGUUGGGAGACUUUGUUUUAGUGUAAUGUGACAGCCAAGCAGCUCCCACGGAUUACAUAAGUUUUGUUUUUCUCUUGGUUUUCACGAUAAGAAAAAUGGUAAAUUCCUGAGGGACAGAGUCCUCUCUCUCUCUGUUUACACAGAAACUUGUAUUCACAGAUAUGUUUAUUCAGUUUUAUUAAAGAACCUAAAGUAGACAGAAUUUCUCUAUGACAAUACAGAAUUAACAACAU